CGUAAAAUAAUGAGGAUUGAGCAAUGAAACGCUAUUGAACUUACAGCUUAGUUGUUAUGUGAUUUCAUAAUUCGAUUCACGUAAUAAUUAUUGUUAUAUCACAUUUUAUUCUUCCAUUAACACAUUCGGAAAGGGCGUGUAUUCCAGUGCUUUAGAAUGGGUGACACGCGUAAGAAGAAAAAGUUUUACUUUCGUAAACGAAGAAACAAGUAUUUCUUAGAACCCGGCUUUAGAGGUUUCUUUUGCACAUGUAACUUCAGGGAGAAGGAUUGUGUCAAGGAAAUGUACAACCUGCUCAACGAAUAUGCAGGUAAAUUAUAUCCAGAAGUUGAAGGCCCACCACCUGUAGCAUUAGCCGAUCGAACUGACAGUGAUUCUGAGAGUGAGACUGAUAUAGGAGACCUCCUCAAACAGGAAGUCGAUUGUAUGAAGAGUUAUUCACAAAAAUCUCUUAAGCACAAACGAUUUCAAGUUGUUGAGACUGGAGCAUCAAAUUGCAUUUUUAUAAAGACUAAUCUACCAUGCCCUGAAGAAUUAACUACAGCUAUUAUCAAGGAUGUAUGUACCAACAAAGUGCAAAAGACGCGGCAUGUCUUACGAUUCUUGCCCAUCAUGGCAACUUGUAAAGCCAAUUUACCUGAUAUAAUGGAAUGUGCUGGUAAACUUUUCGAUAAAUUCUUCUUGAAGAAGUCAUCAACAUUUGCUGUUAUAUUUAACAAGAGGUUUAAUAGUAGUGUAUCCAGAGAUUUAAUCAUCAAGGAGCUUGCUGAAUUGAUUGUACUGAAGAACAAUGGUAAUAAGGCAGACUUAAAGAACCCUGGUCUCUGUAUAAUUGUUGAAAUUAUAAAAGGAAUUUGCCUCCUUAGUAUUGUUGACAACUACUACUCAUAUAAGAAGUACAAUCUGAAUGAACUCUAUAAAGAGGAAUCUAACAAUGAUUGCGAUGGACCUCAACCAAAGAAAUUAAAACCAGAAAAUGAUUCCAUUGAAAAAAAGAGUACUGAAGAGGCUGUAACAAACUAACCACAUACUUUCCAAUAUGUUAUAUUAUAUACUGUUAUAGUAAUUUUUUCAUGUUCUAGGUUAAGGCAACUUGUGCCCCCUAUACCAAUUCUUGCACCAAAUUUUUGCUAUUUCAGACUUUUGAAUCUUUCACUAAGAUGUUAUUAUAAUAAACGUAUUGUUUUAUGUGU